AUGCAACCCACCACGAUCGUUACAUCUGAACCACCUACAACAAAAUCUUUGAAACGGGGACGGACAGAGAAUUCAGCAAACCUAACGUCUAUAUCGAAUGCUGGACUAGUGGGCUCGCCGUCUCCUAAAUCACCACGCUUCAAAGGGACAUUUUCACCCGGAUUCUCUCCAGCCCCGCUCACAGGUGCGGCAGCUCUAGCUGACGAGCGGAGGAAGAGGGAGGAGACACAACGAAGUCAGUCAUCUGCGAUGAGCGAAAACCCCGGGCAUAGAGCUCUGGCUUCACUGAUGGCAGGUGGGGGCACUGGGAUGUCUAAGCCACAAGAUGCUCCUGUUGCGACGGUCACGAUGAGCGAAGGCAUGUCAACAGCUGCAAAUGCUAUCUCAAUUCCAAGUCCCAUGCAAUAUGAGGACAAGUCGGAAACAAGUCCAGCAAGCGUGACUAGCCUCGCCAGCUUGGGCAGUACGGCACAGACUGCAACUGCAAGUUCAACGGCCAUAGCCAGUCCUGCAGCAAUGACCAGCGCAAUUGAGGCCGAAUCGCGGGAUUUGAGAGCUCCUCCUAUGACUCAAUUGCAACCUCACGAUGAGCAGUCGACAAAUCGUGCUUUAUCGUUCCCAGGAAACGUAUUGGCACAAGCAGACUCGUCACGAUUGCCCCCUAGAGGCAUGAGUCUACCAAUGCCUGGUCAACAGUUAGCACCUCGGUCGCCUUCACAAAAGAAACACAAGUGUCCCUACUGCGAGACCGAAUUCACAAGGCACCACAAUUUGAAAAGUCAUCUUUUGACACAUAGCCAAGAGAAGCCCUAUGUUUGUCAAACAUGCAACAUGAGAUUUCGAAGACUGCACGACUUGAAGCGCCACAUGAAAUUACACACUGGAGAGCGUCCACAUAUCUGUCCCAAAUGUGAUCGCAAAUUUGCGAGAGGUGACGCCUUGGCACGCCACAGCAAGGGUCAGGGGGGCUGUGCUGGGAGAAGAGCAAGUAUGGGCAGUUUCGGCGGUGACGAUGAUUAUGAGGGCUCAAACGCUGGAGACGGCGACGAUACCGGAAUGGACGGAAUUAUGUACACGAACGGCACGCCUCACCCUGGAGAAAAUGAGAUGAGCGAAGAAGACCGACGAAGAUUCAGUCUUCCAAGUAUCAAAGCCCAGCACGUUAGUGGUUCAGGAAGCGGUGAUAAUUAUACUGCACAUUCCCGCACCCCCAGCACGUAUCCACCAGCAGGUCCUCGUCCCGGCCAAUCUGGUGGUGGGCUGUAUCCUCCGAAUCCGGACCGAGGAUCUUCGAACUCUAAUGCUUCCCCAAGUAUGCAGAAUAAUGUGGUUGGCGGUGGCCACACUCCAAAUACGAGUAUCUCUUCAUUGCCUCUAAGCACUGGCGGUUCAUCGAUCUUUUCGCAGAGUGGCAUGACUGAAAGUCCCAAACCCCUCAGUCCAGCGGGAAUGGUCUCUCACCAGCUCGGACACGAUUCAUCAAUCAACAGACAGAGAUCACCGAGCUUAACUACGCAGUUCCAACAACAACACUUUGGCCGUCGACAGUCAGGACGAGCAUCUCCUCCAGGAAUGUCACUCCCCUCCCCCCAUAAUACGUCACAUGGUCCUAAACUUCCUGGUCUUGCAGGCUUAGCACCUCCCGAUCAAAGAUAUACCUUGCCCAGCCAGACUCCCACUCAACAAAGUUCUGCCAACGGCUCCCAGGGGGCUCAGCAAGGACAGCCAGGUCCUGGCCCGACGUCACCAAAUACCAUGUUUCAACCACAAGGAGGAUUAACUCCAACACGAGGCCACCCUAGUGGCCCUCCUCAUCAUCAAGGCAGUGGCAGUGGUGACAGCAGUAACAAUCUUUUCGCUGCUGGUGAUCGAGGUGUCUGGGCUUAUGUCCAGAGUCUAGAAGACAAAGUGAAACAGCUGUCUGAAAAAGUUCAAGUUAUGGAAAGCAAGGAGAAGAGUCAAGAAGACAAGAUAAACCACCUCUCUGAACAGGUCUUCUCUUUGAGGAACCAGCUGAAUGCGCAAAACCAGUCUCAGCACCCUCCAAAUCAGGUUCAGUCAUAA